AUGAAGUUCUCUCACAGCAUCCAGUUCAAUGCUGUUCCGGACUGGAGCAGUCAUUAUAUUGCCUACAGCAAUCUGAAGAAACUCAUCUAUCAACUCGAGAAGAGUGCCCACCAAGCACGAGCAGGUGGUGACUCAGAAUCCCGACCCCUCAUCUCCAGCGAAGAACCGGCAGACGUAUUCAGCAGAGCCCUCGGCAUCGAGCUCGAGAAAAUAUGUUCCUUCUACGUAGCCAAGGAAGGAGAGCUGUUGGAUGAAGUCAACCAGCUGACUCUAGACGUCGGGCAAAGGACAUCGCCGGAGAAUCCUGACAUGCGGCGAAUGUCGCUCGGCGAGUACAACCGCUCGCAUCUGCGACCGCUGAGCUCUACUGGUCUUGGCUCAGAUGACGACAUGGAGUAUAGCGGCAGUGACGAUGAUGAGACGACUGCGUUGCACAAACCCAAAAGUAGUAGUGGUCGCCGGAGGAGCAUUGCCACUGUCGGCCACCACCAGGCUGAUUUGACUGCGUCCUCAGAGUUCAAUCGUUCUGUACGAAGGCACAGUACUGUUGAGGAUUUUGGCGACCAGUCCGUCAUGUUCUCUUCGGGCCUAUUCUCCUCCAGCAUCAUGCUGAAGAAGCGCAUCAUCAGCCUCUACGUGCAGCUGUGUGAGCUCAAGUCGUACGUCCAACUGAACAAGACUGGUUUCAGCAAAAUUCUGAAAAAAUUCGACAAGAUACUAGACAAGGAACUCAAGGGCCCAUUCAUGCGGGCCAAUGUUGAUACGGCGUAUCCCUUCAAACCCGAAACAAAGAAAACCAUCGAAGAGAAUAUCGAAAAGAUGGAGGAUGCUUACGCUGAAGUUGUUACCGGUGGUGACCGAGAGCUCGCCAAGAAGGACCUACGGUCUCACCUUCGAGAACACGUCGUGUGGGAACGUAAUACCGUGUGGAGAGACCUCAUUGGUAUUGAAAGGCGUGCCGAGGCGGCUAGAUUUGGCCAGUCUCUUCUUGGCCAGGACCAAGCCGCAAUACCGAAGCGCUUACAAGGUGACGAUGACGAGAUGGCAGUCACGAAACAAUUUAGGACGCCUCUGGGACGGCUCUCACUACCUGGUUGGCUGACCAGCUCUUCCAUGCUUACCUUGCUGGGUUCUCUGGGCGCUUUUGCUGUGCUUCUUGCCGUUCCCAUCAUGGACAAGCCCGAGGAGCAAAAUUGCCUGGCCUUGUUGGUCUUUGUCAGCUUGUUAUGGGCAACGGAGACUAUUCCGUUGUUCGUGACAUCGCUGCUCAUUCCCUUCUUAUCCGUUGUGCUCCAGGUCGUUUGCGACGAAAAUGGACCCAAGCGCAGACGUCUUGAUGCCAAACACGCCACCAAUGCAAUCUUUGCUGCCAUGUGGAGUCCAGUCAUUAUGUUGCUUCUUGGUGGCUUCACACUUGCGGCAGCCCUGUCCAAGUGCAAAAUAGAUAAGCGUCUGGCGACGCUCAUCCUCAGCAAAGCUGGCACCCAGCCGCGGACGGUGCUUGUGGCCAACAUGUUUGUUGCUGCAUUUGCAUCAAUGUUGAUUAGCAAUGUGGCUGCCCCUGUUCUGUGCUAUUCCAUCAUCGAGCCCAUGUUACGCACAUUGCCGUCAGAUUCAGACAUGUCCAAGGCCGUCAUCAUCGGUAUUGCUCUCGCCUCUAAUAUUGGCGGCAUGCUUUCGCCAAUUGCGUCGCCGCAAAAUGUAGUUGCUAUGGGCAUCAUGAAGCCCGAACCGACGUGGUUACAGUGGUUCUUCAUUGUCAUUCCCGUGGGGGCCGUCUCUAUCGCCGUUAUAUGGAUGCUGUUGCUCGUGACGUUCCAGCCAGGCAAGGGGACAUCUAUUGCACCGAUACGCCCAGUCAAGGAACGCUUCAGUGCCGGCCAGUGGUUUGUCAGCGUCGUCACCAUCGUCACGAUAGCUUUGUGGUGCGCAAGUCAUCGGAUGGAUCAUGUUUUUGGUGACAUGGGCGUCAUUGCCAUCAUUCCCAUUGUUCUCUUCUUCGGCAUCGGCAUCUUGACCAAGGAAGACUUCAACAACUUCCCCUGGACAAUCAUUAUCCUGGCCGCAGGAGGCUUGUCUCUUGGCAAGGCUGUUCGGUCAUCUGGCUUGCUCCAUGCUGUUGCGGAGCUUGUUUCAAAGAAGGUCGAGGGCAUGAGCCUGUAUGGCGUACUUGUCGUCUUUGCCUCCUUAAUCUUGGUGAUUGCGACCUUCAUCAGCCACACCGUGGCCGCUCUGAUAUUUCUGCCGCUGGUAUUCGACGUUGGCAUGUCGAUGGAGCAGCCUCACCCCAACCUGUUGGUCAUGGGUGGUGUAUUAAUGUGCAGUGCAGCUAUGGGAUUACCCACCAGCGGCUUCCCCAAUAUGACUGCUAUCAUGAAGGAGGACGCCACAGGUCAGAGAUAUCUCCGAGUCAAGCACUUCAUCAGCAGAGGCAUUCCUAGCAGUAUCGCCACCCUCGCUGUUGUCAUCACUCUGGGUUAUGGCAUUAUGCAGGUUGCAGGGUUAGAUUAG